UUGAAGAGCUCCUCCUUGUCGUGUCCGAGAAAAAACAGAGCAUCUCUUCUGUCACCGAAAUUUACAGACAAAAUCGACUUCUUCAGCUGAAAGAAAUCACCUCCGAAAGCAAUCCACCAGAGAGAGAAGACAAUGAGAGGGAUUGGAAGAGCUGUUGGGCAUUCUCUUCUUCAACACUGUCGGAACCCUAACCGCCCUUUUGCUCGCCGCCUCAUCUUCGCCUCUUCUUCCUCCUUCACGGCGCUGCCAUUCCGCCGGAACCCUUCUUCACCAUCCGCUUCUACGGCUUCCAGUCCUUCCUUGUUUUCAGACAGAUGGAAUCCUUUUGCAGGGCAGAGGAGGAGUAUGUUCAUCCAAACUCAGUCCACUCCCAAUCCGUCAUCCUUGAUGUUUUAUCCUGGGAAACCGGUUAUGGAAGUAGGGAGUGCCGAUUUUCCAAAUGCUCGGACUGCUAUGAAUUCGCCGCUAGCGAAAGCCCUCUUUGGGAUUGAUGGGAUAACUCGAGUCUUCUAUGGAUCGGAUUUCGUGACCAUAACUAAGUCGGAAGAUGCUUCCUGGGAUUUCUUAAAGCCAGAAGUUUUUGCUGCAAUCAUGGAUUUUUACUCUUCUGGGCAGCCGUUGUUCCUGGACUCGAAAGCUGCAGCUGCCAUGGACACAGCUAUUAGUGAAGAUGAUUCUGAAAUUGUUGCGAUGAUCAAAGAACUGUUGGAGACCCGGAUCCGACCAGCAGUGCAAGACGAUGGCGGUGACAUAGUGUAUCGGGGAUUUGAUCCGGAUACUGGUAUAGUUAAACUGCAAAUGCAAGGAGCAUGCAGUGGCUGUCCCAGCUCUUCAGUCACUCUGAAAUCUGGAAUCGAGAAUAUGUUGAUGCAUUAUGUACCUGAAGUCAAAGGUGUUGAGCAAGAUAUGGAGGAAGAGGAUGAAGAGGCAAGUUUAACUGGACAGAUGGAGUAAAAGCCCUAUUCUACAACUUCUGCACGAUGUAAAACCAAGAGAUUUAGAGCUGAGGAGCACUUCGGGUUGGGCAUUGUACAGUCAAUAAUUAGGUACACCUGCCAUAUGAUCUCGACCAUAUCUAUGUAAGCUCAGUGCAAUAUAAUAUGGUCGUGGGGAAGCCAAGUUCUUUGCCGAAUCUUGUAUGCAAAAGAAAUAGAAACACGAUUCUUGCAUUCUGCAAUCAGAAUUUUGUUGCCAACCUUAAUCGUUGAGACACCAAGUGCGAUCAAUAUGCAUGAUGUCAUACCGUUGGAGAUGUACUUAUACAGUAGUAGCAGCAGCUGAUUUGUUUA